AAACAGUUCCACAACGGGCAUCCGGGGAUAAGUAAAAUGAAGUCACUAGCUCGUAGCUAUGCAUACUGGCCGUCAAUGGACCAUGAGAUAGAGCAAAAAUGUCGCAGCUGUUGGUCCUGUCAAGAGGCUGCAAAGAAUCCAACGAGAGCUGAGCCACAACCAUGGCCUAAACCGGACGGGCCUUGGCAAAGAAUACAUGCUGAUUUCGCCGGACCGAUACAAGGCAGGAAUUACUUAGUUGUUGUAGAUGCUUUCACAAAAUGGCCGGAAGUAUAUGACAUGCCGAAUACGACUUCAGAGAGUACCAUAAGAAGAUUGUCAGGAUUGUUUGCCUGUUUUGGGGUUCCAGAGAUCUUAGUGACUGACAAUGGUACUCAGUUUAUGUCAUCUGCCUUCAAACGCUUCUGCAACGAGAAUGGCAUAUUGCAUCUACAAUCUCCUCCAUACCAUCCUCAGUCGAAUGGCCAGGCAGAAAGAUUCGUGGAUACAAUUAAAAGAGCUCUGGUCAAAGGGGGAGGUGAGGGUGUCCCGGAACAAGUGAUUAAUAAGUUCUUGAUGUCUUACAGAGUUACCCCUAAUCCGGCAGUACCAGAAGGAAAGUCUCCGGCCGAGUGUAUGUUCGGAAGGAAAAUCCGGACAGUUUUUAACAGUAUGUUGCCGCCCAGAAAGACAAAUAAACCCACGAAUGAAAAUCGUAAGGUCAAUCGUAGCUUCCAGGUGGGUGAAAAAGUACUUGUCAGAUCGUAUCAAGGUAAUAGGAAGUGGGAACCAGGUGUCAUAGAACGUCGAAUCGGAAAUGUGCUGUACCUAGUCCGGAAAGAUGUCGGGAAAUGCAUAAGACAUAUAAAUCAAAUGCAAAGAAAUGAUAGUAUAGUGGUCACAGAAAACCGGCUUCCAUUUCAAUUGCUCGUAGAUUCAUCUCAGAAGAACCAUCAUGAGCGCGAAUAUCGAAAAGACAAACGGCGCAGAGAGAAAGCUGUACAACCCUCGAGAGUAAUGAACCGCAAGAGGAAUGCGACACCCAAGUUUCAGGUGGAUCCAAGAAAAAAAUCUUAUACAACGGACUUUAAAGGGGGGAGGUGUGACGACGGACUACCGGUGAACUCGAGGAAGCUGUAAGAGGCUCAUAAGGAGCCGAAGACGUUCCAUCCAAUCACCUUUCGAAAGAAUGUUCUAGAAUUCCAACGUGUAGCUUCCCCAUUGGAUAAUGCUAAUAACCCCCUGUACGCGGAUUGGAAGACUGUAAUGAUGAUUUCGUUCUCACCAAAAACUAUAAAUACCUGA